AAAUGAAUAAAUGAAUAGUUGAAUAGUUGAACUUCAAGUAUUCGAUACAUGAAUAAUUGAAUAGUUAAAUAGUUGAACUUCAACUAUUCAAUAAAUGAAUAAUUGAAUGAUUGAAUAGUUGAACUUCAAGUAUUCGAUAAAUGAAUAAUUGAAUAGUUAAAUAGUUGAACUUCAACUAUUCAAUAAUUGAAUAAUUGAAUAAUUGAAUAGUUGAAUAGUUGAACUUCAGUUUUUCAAUAAUUGAAUAGUUGAAGUAGAGUUUCAAUAAUUGAAUUCAACUUUCAGGUUUGACACUACUGAAAUUAUCAUAAUAAUAUUUUAUUAUAUAAAAUUUUUUAAUUUAUUUUGGACUUCAAAACAAUUAAAUAAUGCUUUACAACAAGCUGAAACUUAUACUAUUAAUAUGGGGAUGUUUAAUGUUGAAUAAGUCGUUAAUAAUGUUAGGUAAAAUCUAAUUGAAUUAUUUAUUUUUUAAAUUAUUUUAUUUUAGACAUAUUUAUCGAUUAUCGAUUAUAUAUAUUCAACAUAAAAGGGCACAUGGCUUGAUAGUUCAAUUACAAUUAAGCAAUCAAUUAUAUCAAAUAUUAAUAUCUAGUCAAAUGCAACGAUUAAUAAAUUGUGUUUAUUAUUUAUCGAAAGCUUAUUCAUAUUUUUAUUUAAAUUAUUUAACAAUAAAUCAUCGUCAGUAUUUACAAAGAUUAGUUUUAACAUUAUAUAAUCAACAAAAUUCUAUAACAAGUAAUAAUAUAAAAGGUUUAUUAGAAGAUUCAUAUUUAAAUAUAAGUUCAUUAACAACAACUCAACGAAUUUAUACUCUUGUAUUUUAUUUUAUAAUGAUCAAAUACUUGAUGGAAGAUAUUUAUCAUCUUUAA